AUGUCAUACGCCACUGGAGCUCGACUGCCCAAUUCUCGUUCGGGCGCCUCAUCCUCGUCGCAGCGCAGCGGCCAGGUGUCUGAGGUGGACUUGGUGGUCCCAACUCGUGGCUUUCGCAUUGUAGACGACCAGGACCGAGAGCUCAAGACAAUCUUGGAACAGAUCGAACAACAGCACGGUGUCAGGAUCUGCCUCAAAGCACAGGAGGAUCCCAUCCAGAUCUCCGCUGCUUCUCCCAAGAACGCCCAGGCGGCGAUACGCAGCAUCUUGAGGAGCUUGAUGCUCCGUGAAGGGCAUGCGACAGUCUGGCGAGAUUCAGUACUUGUCGCUCCGCUUAGCGGCGACAAGCGUGCCAUACGGAUACUUCUCCAGGACAGCCCUGGAACCACAUGGUUUCGACCAGCCGCGACACUCACCGACUCUACUGAGGUGGCCGAUGCUUUGGCUGUCCAAGCUUACAAGAGCGAUCUUGCUGCUGCGAUGGUCCGCGUGGGUGAUGGCUUGCGGUAUUCUCCCAAUAGGAUGCGCAUGCAGAUCGCUUUCGGCAAACUGUUCUUCAAAGAACGCAAGCGGGGUACUACGAGCUAUACGCUCGAUGAGUUCUCGAAGUUGGCUCGCAGGGUGAGCAGCAGAGGGACUUCCUACAUGGAGAUGAGACUGGGUGGUGAAUCAAUGCGCGAAAAGAUUCAACAUGCCUUCUCCCUCGAUCCAGACUUCGGAGGCCCCCAAGACAUAGAAAACUUUGUGAUUGUGACGACGAAAAAUGUCAACCUGGAAGUGCGCGUCGAUGGAAAUCGAAACUGUGGUUUUACUUUCGGCUCAUUGAACGUCUUCCAUCGAGAGAAGAGCCACCGUAGUGUCGAACUUGCCACGGCAUGCCCUGACAAGAAUCACGACUGGGUCUUGAAACCUAACAUUGCGGCGUCCUUCGCGCAGAAACACCAUAUUGAGGCUCUCAUUGGCAAGACGGCCUGGUCCUAUUACCUCAACAAGGACUACAUUGUUGAGCUUUCCCUGUACCGGCAGUGGAGCACUAUCUCGGGCACCAAGAGCCGACAGCCUCAAGAGCCCGUCGCUGGUGUGAGCGUCAGCAUGUAUCGACCGGAGUGGAACGACCACAUGGCCAAUGCUGACGUCUCAGCCGGACCGCGGUCCUGGGAAGCGUUUCCAGAACAGUUCUUCAAGUCAUCCAUGUCAUCCGCUGACCCCACUAGGGAUCUUGACCCGCUUGAUGCCUUAUUGCACUGGGUUGGGAAGGUCCAAACGGUGCUGGAAAGAAUUGUAUAG